AUGAAUAAAGAUUGGGUUCAUUGGCCAAGGGGUGAUCUUCCAUAUCAGGAGGCCUUGAAGAAUUUCAUAGAUACCGUUUGUCAGAGACUUGGAAAUCCUUCUGAAUUCAGUUGUCCUUGUGUUGAUUGUAAGAAUCUCACUUUCCCACUUCCUCCGCAAGAAGUGCAUCUUCACUUACUGAAACGAGGUUGGGAUCCUACAUACACUGAGUGGGUUUUUCACGGGGAGACUAUACACACUUCUACUGAUGUACACCAAGAGGGAGCAACAAGGGGAUCAUAUCAUAUAGAUGCUGCUGUUGAAGCUGAUGCACAUAUCGAUCAGGGACAUGAACCUGUGCAAGAUGAGGGUUUGGAAAACCAUGUGGAAGAGUCGGACACACCGUUAUAUCCUAAUUGUAAAACACACACAAAGUUAUCCAUCACUGUUGAAUUGUAUAGGCACAAGACAGUAAAUGGUUUAUCUAGGAAAUCUUUUGACGAACUUCUCAAGACAAUCGGUUCCUUGUUGCCGCCAGAUCAUUGUCUUCCUUGCUCAACAUAUGAAGUGAAAAAGCUGCUGAAAUCUUAUCAAUUGACUUACCAGAAAAUACAUGCUUGUAUUAAUGAUUGUUGUUUGUUUAGAAAAGAUUUGAAAGAUGCAGACGAGUGUCCUAAAUGUCAUUAUUCUAGGUGGAAGGCAGACACAUCUAACAUGGACGAUGCUGAAAUGAUAGACAAGCCGCAAAAGAAGAUACCGGUGAAGGUGCUUAGGUACUUCCCCAUUGUGCCGAGAUUGAGAAGAUUGUUUCAAUCAGCAGCACUGGCUGAGCAGUUGAUAUGGCACGCGACGAACAAGAGUAAGGAUGGGAAGAUGCGUCAUCCAACAGAUUCUUUGGCUUGGAAGCACAUAGACAAAAAGUAUCCCGAGUUUGCUUCAGAUCCCCGUAAUUUGCAUCUUGGGCUUGCUGCUGAUGGAUUUAAUCCAUUUGGUGACCUUUCCGCAGCCCACAGUUGUUGGCCAGUGAUGCUCGUGGUUAAUAAUUUGCCCCCUCAGUUGUGUAUGCAAGGUGACAACAUAAUUCUGAGCAUGCUGAUUCCAGGAAAAAAACAACCGGGUAAUGACAUUGAUGUAUACUUGCAGCCCUUGAUUGAUGAUCUUUUUGAGUUGUGGGAGAAAGGGGUGCAGGUAUAUGAUUCGUUUACUAAAACAGAUUUUAACUUGAAGGCGUUAUUAAUGUGGACAAUAAACGAUUUCCCUGCAUAUGGUAAUUUAUCUGGAUGUACGUAUAAAGGGAAGGCAGCCUGUCCUCUUUGUGGUGAAAAUACACUUUCAAACUGGUUGGCGUUUAGUGGUAAAACUGUCUACUUGAAUCAUAGGAGAUUUCUUCGUCAUAAUCAUCCUCUUCGGCAGAAAAAAGAUUGGUUUAAUGGAGAGAUUGAGAGGAAGGAAAAGCCACCUGUUAUGUCUGGUGCUGCGGCACUUGAAUGUCAGAAUAGUAUUACAAAUGAUUUUGGGAAAGCGGAGAAGAACGAGGAGGAGAUAAGGAAAAACAAAGAGCAAAAGAAGAAGAAUAAGGGCAAGAGUAGUGCGGAAGCAAGUGCAAAUGUGGGUAAUUCUAAAUGUGGGAAGCGGAAAAGGGAUGUUGUUGCUGAUGCGGCUAUUUCUGGUGCAAAUGAUGAUGAAACUGAACUUCGGGUGUUUAACAAACGGUCAAUAUUCUUCGACUUUCCUUACUGGAAGGAUUUAUUACUACGGCACAAUAUUGAUGUUAUGCAUACAGAAAAAAAUGUUUGCGAGAGUAUUAUUGGUACCAUAUUGAAUAUAAAGUCCAAAACAAAAGACGGUCUAAAGUCCCGCAAUGAUCUGAAGAGUAUGGGAAUAAGACCAGAAUUACAUCCAGUAGAGAUAAAUGGAAAAACGAUCCUUCCACCAGCACCAUACUGUUUAAAUGACAAGGAAAAGGCUAUAUUGUAUAAUAGGAUGAGAAAUUUAAAGGUUCCAUAUGGUUUUAGUUCUGAUCUUAGAAAGCAUUUCUCAAAAGAUGGGCCAAGGGAGGCAAUUUUCAGGUUAUGUUCUUAUUUUCACGAAAUAUGCCAAAGGGCAGUUGAUCUCCAUAGAUUAAUAGAACUUGAAGUAGAAGUUGCUGAGACUUUGUGUAUGUUGGAGAGGUACUUCCCUCCGUCACUUUUUGAUGUCAUGAUGCACUUGACAAUUCACCUAGCUCGAGAAGUGCGAUUUUGUGGACCUGUACAAUAUCGUUGGAUGUAUCCAUUUGAAAGGUAUAUGAAGACAUUCAAAGAAUAUGUAAAGAAUUAUGCACAACCUGAAGCUUGUAUAGCCGAGUGUUAUCUUGGAAUGGAGUGUGUUAGGUAUUUUGAUAUUCGUAAGGCCCAAGCAGCUGAAACAGGAGUAGAGCAAAGGCGUAACGAAAACACUCAAAAUGGUUCCACACCGGCAGCACGUCCUCUUUCUAAAGGUGUCCAAGUGCGUAUGGAUAGUGAGAAGUUAAAGAUAGCUCACAGAUAUGUGCUUUUUAACACACCCGAAAUUGACCCAUAUAUGAUAAUGCAUAUGGACGAGUUAAAAUCUCCUGCUGGGAGGGCAAUUACUAGUGAAGACCAACUCAAUUCCAUACAGUCUGACACAUUUGAAGAUUGGUUUCAACAAAAGGUAGAAGAUGGCUUUACAUUAGUCAAUUUAAAGCAGCAUAAGAACCAAUACUGUAACGAUCCAUUCAUUUUAGCAGAGCAAGCACGACAAGUUUUCUAUUCUCGAGAGUCAAAUACAUCUAACUGGUAUGUGAUGGUGAAACCACCGCCAAGGGGUUUCCAUGAAUUAGAGGAAUACAAUGAAAAGCAUGACACAAAUUUCCAACCAGUGGAUACUUCAACUCUUGGUUUCCAAAUGGAUGACGAGAACGAGAGUUACUUAAGAGAAGAUGGGGAAUAUACCAUAGUGGUUCCGACAAAGAAGAAGAACAAAAAGAAGAAGAAAAAGAAGUUCACAAGUUAG